AUGUCAGAAACGACCAAUAUUCCUAAAGAAGAUGGACCUACAGUUGGAAUUGAUGCAAUUAAAUCCAAAGAAGGAUCAGACAACAUACCCGAACAGGGAUUAAACAACAGCAAAACUGAAGAACAUAACAUUGCCGCCAAGAUCGAGCCAACGGCGAUCAAAGAAGGAUUUUACGAAAAUGACACGACAAAUAUUGAACAGACACUAAUCAAAGAAGGACCAGGGGCAGACAAUGAAGAACUUAAUAAGUCCCAGACAUCAAACAAAGAGGAGAAGAAAAUCGAAGGCAAACCAAGAGACUUAUCGUCAAUGCUGCGAGCACUCACAUUCAAAGGAGAUGUAAAUCUAUCGCCCGACGAUAUCGAGACCAAGGCGCUGACACAACUGAGAUCAAUGCUGGAAAACGCCAUCCUUGGGAACACUCUAUUCAAGAAUACAAAGGAGACAGGGAAGGAGACAGGAGAAGCGAGUUUGUUGGCAAAGGGUGGCGAAAGCUCAAAGGAAAAGAUAAUACAAGAAAAUAAUGAAAUUCCCACCACUGAAGGCGAGGAAGCGAAGAAGAAUGAAGAACCUGCAGUCGUGAUUGCUAAGGAAGAAGGAGCUGUACAAGAGAAAGAAGUUGAAGUUGAAAUUGAUAUUGUAACUGAAGAAGUAGACAAUGAUAUUUCCUUAUGGGGAAUACCUUUAUUACCCAGUAAAGGAAACAAAGGAACAGAUACAGUCCUGAUGAAAUUCCUAAAAGCAAAUGAUUUCCAAGUUCAAGAAUCAUUCCAAAUGAUAAGGAAAACCCUCCAAUGGAGAAAACAGUUCAAGAUGGACACAAUCUUAGAUGAGGAUUUCGGAAACCACUUCUCUCCAGUUGCCAACAUGAGUGGCGUUGACAGACAACGCCACCCUGUUUGCUACAACGUUUACGACGUGUUCUGGACAGACGAAUUCUUCGAAAAAAUGUUCGGGACUGAGGAAGGUAGACAGAAGUUUCUAAGGUGGAGGAUUCAGCUAAUGGAGAAGGGUAUUCAGCAGUUAGAUUUCAAUCCAGGAGGAGUAACCGCCUUUCUACAGGUUAACGAUCUCAAGAACACACCAGUUCCAGCUAAGAAAGAGUUACGAAAUGCAACUAAACAAGCUGUUGAAAUUCUCCAAGAUAACUAUCCUGAAUUUGUUGAAACAAAUAUUUUCAUCAAUGUUCCGUUUUGGUAUUACGCAUUCAAUGCACUCCUAUAUCCAUUCUUAACACAAAGAACCAAGAGUAAAUUCGUAUUCGCCCGUCCUUCAAAAGUAUCAGAAACACUCCUCAAGUACAUACCUGUGGAGGAGAUUCCAGCGCAUUACGGCGGAUUUAAGAAAGAGAAUGAUUCAGAGUUCACCAGCCAAGAUGAAGUUAAGGAAAUUAUAGUAAAAGCUGGAGGAUCUGAAACAAUUGAGCUACCUACACCAAAGGAGGGGAUAACACUGGUAUGGGACCUGACAGUAGUAGGAUGGGAAGUGAAUUACAGAGAAGAAUUUGUACCUGAAGAUGAAGGAUCUUACACGUUGAUUGUAAACAAGAGCAAGAAAAUGGGAUUGAAUGAAUCGGCAAUUGGAAACUCGUUUACAAGCAGAGAACCAGGGAAAGUGGCGCUGAUUGUUGAGAAUACAAGCUUUAAGAAGAAGCGUAUACUUUAUCGCUAUAAAGUGAAGAACACUAUGGAAUCAUCAUCAUCUUCUUCUUCCCAUUCUUGA